ACACACACUCUCUCUCUUUCCUCUCCUUUUCUUCCUCUGCUUGCAGCUUCAGACAUUUGGGGAAUCCUGAAACAAGUUGUUCCCACAAAGAAGCAUUGCCGACUUAGUGUAAGUAGACUCUGAAUGAACAGAGCACACAUAAACUUUUCACUAAGAGCCUUGAUAUUCCUGCCCUCCUGUGUGCGCUCCUUCAUGUCUUUCGCUGUGGACACUGACUGCGCUUGCUGGACACCGUGAGACUCAAGAUUAUGGACAUAGAGACGCUGUAGAGUCCGAUACGCUGCAUGUACCCUUGACUUGCUGACUGAAGUCGCGCAGCGGACUGAUCGCGAGCCGGGACCGGGACCGGGUCCGAGAGACACUCACUGCUGGGGAGCUCCAGAAGCGUCGGUGUGGCCCCCAUGGACCUGCGUGUAGGCGAGCGUCUGGUGCGCCCAGGUUCGGACACGGCCUUCCUGUCCCCUCUGCACCCCCCCCUGCUGAUCGGCCCCUUCAGUCCUCAGCACUGUUCCCAGUACAGCCAGCAGCAGCUGCAGCGCAUACAGCCUUAUAACAUGGAUCAGCAUCUACGAGACCAGGACAUAGCGAAACAACAGCUACAGCAACUUAAAAACAAGGACAAGAGUCAACAGAGUGCUGUGGCCAGUGCGCUGGUGAAGCAGAAGCUGGCGCAGGUGAUUCUGAAGAAGCAGAAGGCGGUGCUAGAGAGGACCAGCUCCAACCCCCUGAGCAGCCCGUCCGUCGCCUACCGGGAGCUGGUUCCUGAUCCCAGCUCUUCUGUGCAGCCGCUCCUGUCCUCCACCAAACCAGCUCUCAGCGAAGGGCCCGACGAUCCACCCCUGAGACGAGCAACCUCAGAGCCCAACCUGAAGGUGAAGCACAAAUUAAAGAAGCACCUGAACACCCGGAAGAGCCCGCUGACCCGCAAAGAGAGCGCGCCGCCGGCCGUCAAACACCGCGUCCCUGACACACUGGAUUCGUCCCCCAGCAGCAGCAGCACCCCAGUGUCCGGCUGCAGCUCCCCGAACGACAGUCUGCCCCAUGAGAACGGAGCGCUGCCCGCCUCCAGCCUGGCCCAUGAGGCUCAGAGGCUGCUGUUGCAGGACGGCUCUUUAGCUCACUUUACAGUGCAGAAUCCCUCCAGUCUCCCCACCAUCACGCUGGGACUCCCCGCCAACACCAAGGCGGAGGGGGAGCUGGGCUCGCUGAAGCUGGGUCGUGGGCCGGUCCCGGGUGCGUCUCCGAUGCUGGUUCCUCUGGGUGUGGAAGAGCAGAGCGGGCCGCUCAUACAGCCCGUCCUCAUCCUGGAGCCCUCUGGACUCAUACACACCCCUCUCCUGGCGGCAAACAAUUAUGGGACAUCAGAAAAAAAUAUACACUACCAUUCAAAAGUUUGGGUUCCAGGUCUGGGUCCGGUUCCCCUUCAGUUCAGCGCGUCUGGUCCUCACAAGCCUCUGAGCCGGACCCGGUCCGAGCCGCUGCCCCAGAGUCCUCGUGCGCUCCACCCGCACCUGCUCCAGCAGCAGCAGCACAGCGCUCAGAUCCUGGAGAGACUCAAGCAGCAGACGCACCUGGGCAAGCUCAUGUCGAAGUCCAGCGAGAAGCCUCGGCUCCGGCAGAUCCCGUCAGAGGACAUGGACUCAGAGGAGGUGGGGCCAUCAGCGGGCGACCCCCACCAGGGCAGGGUGAGGGCGGAGUCUCAGAGAGAGCUGGAGAGUCAAGAGGAGCAGCUCAACCUGCAACACGCCCUCAUUCUCAACCAGUCCCGUCUGUGGGAGACACAGAAGCAGCUGCAGCAGCUGCGCAGACAGACGGCUCACAUGGAGACACUGGCGGUACCCAUGAUCCUCGGCGCCGCGCACCGGCCGCUCUCUCGUACGCAGUCGUCUCCAGCCUCCACCUCGCUAACGCUGCCGGACAAAGCCUUGCCUCUCACCACGGCACCGGAGCCGCCCCAGAGCCAGCCGCGCUUCACCACGGGUCUGGUGUACGACUCCCAAAUGCUGAAGCACCAGUGUACGUGUGGAGACAACAGCAGCCACCCAGAGCAUGCUGGGAGAAUCCAGAGCAUCUGGUCACGCUUGCAGGAGAGGGGUCUCAGGGGCCAGUGCGAGAGUAUUCGGGGAAGGAAGGCCACUCUGGAGGAGUUACAGUCUGUCCACACCGAGCGUCACGUUCUGCUGUACGGCACCAAUCCACUCAACCGCCUCAAACUGGACAAUCGCAAGCUGGCCGGCAUACUGUCACAGCGGAUGUUCGUCAUGCUGCCCUGUGGGGGAGUCGGGGUGGACAACGACACCAUCUGGAACGAGAUGCACACGUCUACAGCGUCCCGCUUGGCGGCCGGGAGCGUGACGGAGCUGGUCUACAGAGUGGCUAAAGGAGAGCUCAAGAACGGCUUUGCUGUGGUCAGGCCACCAGGACAUCACGCAGACCCGUCAAACCCCAUGGGUUUUUGUUUCUUCAACUCGGUGGCGAUCGCUGCUAAGCAGCUCCAGCAGAAGCUCAGCGUCAGUAAAAUCCUCAUCGUUGAUUGGGAUGUUCAUCAUGGCAACGGCACCCAGGAAAUCUUCUACAAUGACCCCAGCGUCCUCUACAUCUCUCUCCAUCGCUAUGAUGAUGGAAACUUCUUCCCCGGGAGCGGUGGACCGGCAGAGGUGGGUUCUGGUGUCGGUCAGGGUUUCAACGUUAAUGUGGCAUGGACCGGUGGUCUGGAUCCUCCCAUGGGCGAUGCUGAGUACCUGGCUGCCUUCAGGACGGUGGUGAUGCCCAUUGCUCAGGAGUUUUCCCCGGACGUCGUGUUGGUUUCUUCAGGGUUUGACGCCGUGGAAGGACACCCUGCUCCUUUGGGAGGAUAUAAAGUCACUGCUAAAUGUUUCGGCUUUUUGACUCGGCAGUUGAUGACGUUAGCAGGAGGACGCGUGGUUCUAGCAUUAGAGGGGGGUCACGACCUCACAGCCAUAUGUGAUGCUUCUGAGGCCUGCGUCAGCGCUCUGCUGGGACUCGAGGAGCCUCUUCCUGAGUCGACUCUCCUGCAGACGCCCAAUGCCAACGCAGUGCUUUCACUGCAGAGAGUGCUGCAAAUACAGAGUCAGUAUUGGUCGUCACUGAAGCCUCUGAUGGGCACAGUGGGGAUGUCGUUUCUGGGUGCCCAGAGGAAAGACUGUGAGGAAACGGACACAGUGAAUGCGAUGGCAUCCCUCUCCGUAGGGGUCCUGGCCAACAAAAUCCUUGUUGAUGAACCCAUGGAGCAUGACUAAGACUCCCUUUAAACCAGGUCUUUACACGUCUGAAAGCUGUCCAGUACCAAAUGGCGCUCCAGACCAUGUGACCAAGCCGUGCCUCAAGACCAGCAGUGCCUCAGGGGCGUGGCUUCCUCAUCACGGCCCCUCCCCCAAGACACCACCUCAACACUGACCACCAGCGAGACGCGGCUAAGCUAACACCCUGCAGCCACAGUUCUGCCAGGGCUCUGGGAUCCAUGGCAUCUUUUCCAUUCACGUACCGCACAAACACACUAGGACACAAGAGGCCACUUUGUGCAUUAGUGUGUUUUUAACAUUCACUAAAAGAAUGCACUCCAGCCAUGCAAUAUUCACCUCCAGUGCCUCAAAAGAGACUAUUUACUUAUGGACUAACUUUUGGACUAAGCUGGAGAUGCGAAAGCAGAUUUUCAGGAGCGGUUGAGGAUUAUUUCACCUUUUUAAAAGGGCAGCCCACUUUACUACCCCUGACAAGCAAACUGUGCUGGGAGAAAAUAAGGGGUCUCCUUGCACCUGGCAACUCCACUCUAUAGCCCCUUUCACACUGCACGUUAGACCCGGAAAAUUGCUGGAACAUUGCCGGGUCACCCUCUGUGUGAAAGCAAACACGUCCCGGGAUUGAUUCUGGCAUUGAACCCGGGUCGGGGACCUA